AUGUACGUAGCGGCACCACCAAUAGAAGAUCUGUUUCCAUUGACUGGGCAAGUUGUAUUGCAGGAUGGGAGGGACUCUGCUCAUUUUGAAAUUUUUGUCAGGGAUGAUGAAAUUCCAGAGGUUGCUGAACAUUUUGUUCUCUCACUUACUUAUUCAGAUAAAGGGAAAAUAAACGAUAAAAAUAAUUCUAUUGAAAUUAUUGUCAGUGGAAAUGACAGCCCUGUCAGAUUUUCUCACUCAACAAAGCGUGUAUUAGAACGGGAUGGUAAAGCAAAUGAUAUCGAAGUUCAUGUAACGAGGGGUCUCGAUGAAACUGGAUCAAAAAGAAUUGGACCCGAUGCUGGAGAGGUUGUUGUUGACUACAAAGUUGUCGCAAACUCUGCAACACCCAAUGAAGAUUACAAUGUUGCAGACGGUGCUGUAAGAUUUCUUGCUGGUGUUCAUAAUGCCAGCAUAAAGGUUUUAAUUAUGCCAGAUGACAUACCUGAGGUGGCAGAAAAUUUUACAAUUACAUUACUUCCUUCUACUGUGUAUGGUGAUGCUAUUGUGACAUCACCAGAUCAUUGUGUCAUUACAAUAGAAACUAACGACAAAGCAAAUGGAGUAUUAUCGAUUGAUUUUUCUGAUGCUAUCAUGAAUGAGAAAGAUGGAGACAAAAAAGUUUUCAUUGCAGAUGAAGAUGAUAAUGAAAAGUUCUCUGGCAUUCGUAUUAUGAGACAUGGAGGUUCAUUUAAGACAGUUUCAAUACAAUGGACUUUAGAUUCGAUAGGUGAAUCAAAUCCAAGUAAAUUAAUGCCAACAUUAGGAGAAAUUAUAUUCGAAUCGGGGGAGACAGAAAAAUUAGUUGAAUUUGAAAUUGCACAGGACGCCUUGCCACAGGAAUCUAUGAAAUAUGUAUUCAGACUUCUGGCCAGUACAAUCAAAGGAGGUGCUGAACUAGAUGGUAACACGGAAGCUGAUAUUUAUGUCCCUGAUUCUGAUAAUGUUUAUGGCUUAAUAAAUAUAAGAAGAGGAAGCAAGAUAGAUGUUGAUAAUGAAUCGAAUCAAAGAAAUGUUCUUCUGACUGUUGAAAGGUCUGGAGGAGUGGUUGGUAAAAUCAAUGUAACAUAUUCUGCUUAUUAUUUACCUCCUGAAGCUACUCAGAUAAGAGAUGCAAUGCCCGGUAUAUUGGAAAACCCUACAGGAUUCAUAGUGCUGAAUGAUGGAGUUGACAAGGAAGAAGUCAGUUUGAAAAUAGGGGAUUUAGCAUUUCUUCAAACAGGAGCUUCAUUUGAAAUAAGAUUGGAAACUGUUGAUUUGCUUGAUCGUUCACCAUCAAUUUUGCCGAAAACUCCUCGUCUCGGUGAUCGUUCAUCCAUAACUCUCCUAGUAAACGAAGAGCAAGCUAAUAGUGAAGUAGGUUUCGCUGAUCCAAAACAAGUUGAAGUAGAAGAACCAUCUGAUGAUCCGUUAAUUGUCGAAGUUGAAAUUACAAGAGAAGGUCGGUAA